AUGGCUAGGAAGGGCGAAGGUUUUCAUUCGGCGGUGGCCUACAACACCCAUCAACCACGGGCGGCCCAUUCUACCACUCAAUUUGGGGGCUGCUCGACUUCUGCCUUUAACGAAGUAUCUCACCGAGUUAGGUCCAGUGGCGUUGAUAGCUUGGGGCGAUGGGCUUGGAUACGUCUUCAGGGCCGAACACAAGGCGUUGGCCAGCGCGACUUGGUGGUGAUCUCUGCCUACCGACCAAACCCACCAAACGACGGGCAUCAAACAGUGUGGUUCCAACAUAAUGCCCACUUCAGCCGCACCAACCGCGAUGCAGAACCCAGGGAAGCUUUCAUCAAGGACCUCUCGACGGCAAUCAACAAAUGGCGCGACGACGGCUGUUCUAUCAUCUUGGGCAUCGAUGCCAAAGAUGACUUAUCCUCCUACUCCCCAAAGUCUUUCCGUUUUCGGAUGAGCGAAGUAGGACUGGUCGAGGCGAUCCAGUCUAAGCACCCAGGGUCCCAUCAGGCCACUUACCAGCGGAACCUCCGUGGGUAUCUGAUUGACAGUAUCUUCGCGACGCCUGACGUGCCCAUCCUGGCCGCCGGGUACUACCCUUUUGACGAACACGUCACCUCCGAUCACCGUGGCCUGUGGAUCGACUUUGACUUGAACCGUCUCCUCGGCGGACACCACGAAAUCCACCCAUGUUCCACGCCGGCUGGUGAUGCACAACAAACGGGUGGUUCGACGAUAUGUCCAAUUGGCGGAGCAGGGUUAUAUGCGGUACAAUAUUCCGGGUCGUCUCUCUACCCUAGGAUUCGAUGUUGCCCGACAGCAGGGCGUCAUCACCAAAUCCCAGGCGGACAGAUUCGAUCGGAUACACGCUGA